AUGAUUUGUUUGGCAAGGGCCCUUUUAAGAUCGACAAAGAUUUUGUUAAUCGAUGAAGCCACUGCAUCAAUUGAUUAUGAGGCAGAUGCAAAGCUACAGGAGACUAUUCAAACAGAAUUCCAAGAUGUAACUAUAGUGGCAAUCGCACACAGAUUGCAAACCAUAAUUGAUUAUGAUAAGAUUCUAGUCCUUGACGCAGGUCAAGUAAUAGAAUAUGAUCAUCCGUAUACUCUUUUAAAAAAUGAGUCGGGACACUUUUAUGACAUUUGUAAAGAAAGUGGGAAUUUAAAUAGUUUGUUUGCCCAAGCAUAUGCCUCCUAUUCCCAGACGUAA